CACGCGGGUCCUCGCUCUAAACAGCCGGCCAACCAGCCGAGAUUUCUUUGGUGUGUUUGGAAAGUCGCACGGACUCGCUCUGUGAACGCCGCGCGUUGAAAACAAACAAACAAACAAACAGCAACAAACAAUAACAACAACAACAACAAACACCCGGUACGGAGUCGCCGGACUGCUCCGAGCAUCUUGCACGUCUUCGGGAUCAGGAUCGUUACGUUUUCAAAGGGAGGAGAAGCCAAAACAAAGCAAAACAAUGGAUAAAUACAACACUUUCUCCAUCAGUCUACUUUUACUCGCGUCAACCAUUUCCUGCGUCUCCACCGGCCAGUUCCCGUCAGCGCCCAUGGUGAGGGAAUGGGUGGACCAGAUGCAGAAAGAGUUGAUCUCACUGACGGACACAGCCAGUGGCAUCCAGAACCUAAUACAGAUAUACCAUAACCACAGAGCACACUUCAGUGUGGAGACCAACAACGCCAGAGAACUGGUCGCAACGGCUGCAGGGAACAUCGAGAAACUGCUGGCUAACCGUUCCCGUGCGCUGAAGAGAUUGGCGACAGAAGCAGAGAAGUUACAGAUAGAGCACUCGUGGAGGGAUGACUAUGAGGGAGACGAAAUUGUUUACUUCAAUGCCAAAGACACCCUGAACCAGACCGAGGGAAAGUCAGAGAGAAAGAACCGAUACAUUCCGGAUGAUUUUACCCGUGACCCGGACUUCAAACGACUGGUCUCUUACAACACCACGGCUGUCCACAUCCCCACAGAUAUUUAUGAAGGCUCCACCAUCGUGCUGAAUGAGCUAAACUGGACUGAAGCCUUAGAGGAUGUUUUCCGCAAAAACAAAGAGGAAGAUCCCUCCCUCCUGUGGCAGGUGUUUGGCUCUGCCACGGGACUGGCUCGGUAUUACCCAGCAUCGCCUUGGAUGGACCCGAGUAGAAUGGCAAAUAAGAUUGACCUCUAUGAUGUGCGCAGGCGACCGUGGUACAUUCAGGGGGCAGCGUCACCAAAGGACAUGCUGAUCUUAGUGGAUGCGAGUGGCAGCGUCUCAGGUCUAACACUCAAACUCAUCCGUACCUCCGUCAGCGAGAUGCUGGAGACCCUCUCUGAUGACGACUACGUCAACGUGGUCUAUUUCAACAACACCGCCAAACAGGCCGCCUGCUUUGAGAACCUGGUGCAGGCCAACGUGAGGAACAAGAAGGUCCUGAAAGAAGCUGUGCAGAGCAUCACGGCCAAGGGCAUCACCAACUACAGGGGCGGCUUUGAGCUGGCCUUUCAGCAGCUUGCACUGACUAAUGUGUCACGGGCCAACUGUAACAAAAUAAUCAUGCUUUUCACGGACGGAGGAGAGGAGAGGGCAGAUGAGAUUUUCAAGAAGUAUAACCCUGACAAGAAGGUGCGUAUCUUCACCUUUUCUGUCGGUCAACACAGCUACGACAAAGGACCAAUACAGUGGAUGGCCUGCAACAACAAAGGCUACUACUAUGAGAUACCGUCUAUAGGUGCAAUCAGAAUCAACACUCAGGAGUACCUGGAUGUUUUGGGCAGGCCGAUGGUGAAGGCCGACAGAAAGGCCAAGCAGGUUCAAUGGACCAACGUCUACCUGGACGCAUUGGAGCUGGGCCUAGUGAUCACAGGAACGCUGCCAGUCUUCAACAAGACCAACACCAAAGCUGACAAAGAGAGAGGCAUGAGGAAACCUCAAAACCAGCUCAUCUUGGGGGUUAUGGCUAUCGAUGUCUCCCUGGAAGAUAUCAAGAGACUAACGCCUCGCUUCACAUUUGGACCAAAUGGCUACUACUUCGCCAUUGACCCCAACGGCUAUGUCCUGCUGCAUCCAAAUCUGCAACCAAAGAAUCCCAAAUUCCAGGAGCCUGUAACACUGGACUUCCUCGAUGCCGAGUUGGAGGACGAUAUCAAAGUGGAGAUACGGAAAAAAAUGAUCGAUGGUUUCACAGGAAACCAAACAAUAGACACACUGCUGAAAUCCCAAGAUGAGCGCUACAUCGACCGAGAGCUGAGAACAUACUCCUUCGCACCGGUGGUGGGGACAGACUACAGCCUAGCACUGGUUCUUCCAGUGUACAGCCAGCAUUACAUACGGGCCACGAUCGGCGACACCAUCACCCAGGCGAAAUAAAGACUAAUUGCUCUCUACCUUCCUCUAGUCUCUGAGAGCCUACUAGCUGACAAGUUUGAUGAGUAUGGCUAUACGUUCAUUGCUCCAAGGGAGUACUGUAAGGACUUGAAGCCAUCUGACAACAACACAGAGUUCCUCAUGGAGUUCAACAAUUACAUCGACAGGAAGACUCCAAACAACCCCAUGUGCAACGUGGAGUUGGUGAACCGGCUGCUGCUGGACGCCGGCAUCACCUCCGACCUGAUCAAGAUUUGGAAGGAGAGGGAGCUGCAGCAUGGUGUGGUGGCCAGAUAUGUCACCACUGACGGAGGGAUCACACGAGUCUUCCCCAAAAGUGCUGGGCAGUACUGGAAGCAUGACCCAGAGACGUACGAAUCAAGUUUCUACAAGAGGAGUCUGGACAACGAUCUGUACAUUUUCACACCAACACCCUACCUCACUAACGAAAACGUAAGUGAUGACUCAGUCCUGGUCAGCAGAGCAGUAGACCUCACAAUAAAUGACAUCACACUGAAACCAGCAGUGGUCGGCGUGAAGUUGGACAUCAGUGCCUGGAUGUCUAGCUUUAUCAACACCACGCAGAGGACCAAUUAUGUGGACUGUGUCAUUCUGGAUGACGGGGGUUUUUUGGUGAUGGCCAAUCGGGACGAUUACAUCGAUCAGAUCGGCCGGUUCUUCGGCGUGGUGGACCCGAUCCUGAUGGUGAGCCUGGUCAACUCAUCCCUGUUCACCCUCAAGAAGACCUUCGACUACCAGUCCCUCUGUGACCCCGAGAGGGAGAGCAAGGCAGCUGCCGGUCUGCGAUCUGUCUACGUGCCUACCAUAGCAGAUAUUUUGAAUGUUGCAUGGUGGGGCACCGCUGCAGCCUGGUCAAUCCUGCAGCAGUUACUGGUCAGCAUCACGUUCCCCAGUUUUCUGGAAGCAGCUGAUCUCGAUGACGACCUGGCGGAUGUCAUGUCCAAGGAGGGCUGCAUCACCCAGCAAACGCAGUACUUCUUCAAGAACAGCGAGCGCACCGUCCGAGGAAACGUGGGCUGUGAGAACUGUACUAGGAUCUACCAUGCUGAAAAGAUGCCCAAAACCAACCUGGUCUUCAUCAUUGCGGAUGCCAAACACACCUGUCUGUCAUGUGACGUCAAACCGCUGAUUCAGGAUGAGCAGCCCUCCAAAGGUCCCGAUCCGUGUGAACUGGCACAGAAUCCGCGGUACCGGAAAGGCCCUACUCUUUGUUUCGAUAACACGGACAACGAAGACGACUUUGGCUGUGGCGGAGCGUCCAGCCUGAGUCCUUCAGUCUGGCAGAUGGUGGCGCUGCAGCUGGUUCUGCUGUGGGUUCUGACCGGCUUCAGACACCACGUCGUCCCCUCAUGACCUCUGACCCAACAACGACUAUGAACCCUCUUUAUCUUACUACCAACCACCGCGGCAACCAGCAUGUGUAACGCAAGCUGCCUAAAAUGGCCAACGACUGAUGAGACUCUUGACAAAUAAGCAAAACAAAAAAACAAAAAACCAAAAAAAAUCCAAACCCCCCCCCCCCCCGCCACUUCCCUCUUUUGAUACCUUAAUUUUUCAGGGCCUUCAGCCAUCUCAUUUCACCAACGGGGGCGGAGGGCAAAAGAGCGGAGAAAGGGAACGUCUGUUGGAAGAUAAGGAGGUGAUAAGAGAGAACUUGACCUUUGACCCCCACCCCAUGAGCCCCAGCCAGCUGAGAUUAGAAGAAUCCACGGGGAUGAAAAUCGCCUGGCACGUUUUGAACUUUCUAUCGGUAUCGACGCCACCCAACCACCGACCGAGGCCACAGAUCGAACUGCCUUACUUUGCCAGAGGAAGUGACUUUCUGAACCUGGAUGGGGGUGGACGGAGGUGUGUGCGUGCGUGCGUGGGUGUGUGUGUGUGAGUGUGUGUCGGCGGCGGGGGGCUAUGGUUCACCUAAGAUGUUGAGCAGUUUUAUUCAACACUGCCAGAAAGUGCUGCCCUUUGCAAAACACGCGAUGUGUCGACUUAUUUAAAUAAUUUAUUGUGAAUGGGUGUGCCGUGGCUAGUUAAAGAGUAUUUAUUGUUUCAUGGUUCUGUUUUUUUAGCUGCCAUCGCAAUAACAAGCACUACAUUUCUGCAUUGCAAACUUAAGCCCUCGUGUCAGUCUGUCUGAUACCGGGGGUGUCGGUGGCAGUGUGCUCUUUCAAUAUUGUUUUGAAGUAGCAUUUUUUCAUAGCACUUUGCCGCACCUCACAGCGUCUCCAAGGGUUGAAUAAGCUGCAGCGUCUGUACCUCCACCCUGCUGUUCUCCUCAUGUAGUUUAGUGCUUUCUGAAAAUGUUCAUGCUCGCUGAACGGCCCUGCAGCAACCGCCACGGUCUGCUGUGUCUCCAAGUGCGAGGGCGUUUCGGGUCGGUAUGAAGGAUCGGUGAAACGCCUGGCGGUCCUCCCAACUUGGAGUCGGAUCGCUCCGACGGAACCUUGCUGCCAUUACGCACAUUAACCGACCAGAUUGACCCCGGUCAGCUUUUGGUGUGUGUGCUUGUCGGACGAAAACUCCAGUGCCGUGUGAACUCUUGUGACCCAGACAAACCCUUUAUCGACUCAGACCAGACUGUGCGGCCGCUGACUGAAAAGAGUGUUUAUUGAUAAUUUAUUUAACUAUUUAUUUGCUGUUUUUUUUUUUUGAAAGGAGUCAGGAAAGCAUGCUACUGUUUUAUUGCCACGAUUUGAUCGGAUGAUCAACGAAUUGGGAGGGGGGGGUGUAUCGGUACGGGAUAUGGGAGCAUCUGUACCCACUGCUGCCUUUUUUCAUGCUAUUUCCUGCAUUGCAAUACAACAUGCAAACGUCCAAAGGCUAAUUUUGAAAACUGCUUUCUUCCCAACUAUUUCAGUUUGUCUCCAUCUUUUUAUUUACCUUUAGACCAUAACGGAGGUUUGUAUUUGCAGUCGCUCGGUGGAAAACACAAAACGAGCUCUUUUCUACCCGCGAUCAUGCAGUUCUGAAAAUGAGUUUAAUUUCUCUCUACAGAUAUAUUUAUGAACUGCAAUUCGCUCCAAUUUGUGUUGAAGCUUGCUUCGCGCUGCAUGCCCCCUCACUGCCCUCUCAUGCCCCCUCACUGCCCUCUCAUGCCCCCUCACUGCCCUCUCAUGCCCCCUCAUGCUGAGCUUUGCUUUGCUUGUAGACUCGAAAAAGGUUUGGUGCAUUUUCUAAUUUGUUAGAUUAUUUUCAAGGCUCAGCGUUUUCGGUUUUUCCCGAUUUUCACCUAAAAAUACCCAGAUUUUUAAGCUGAUUUUCACCCAGGUUUUCUGUUUCCACGGAUCCAAAACGUGUUCCUGUUCAUGUGAGGUUAUGUAACAGUGUCCUCUUGUGGCGAAAUUCAGCAUUGCUGGAUGGCUUUGAAAAAUGAAAACCAAAAACGCUGAGCCUUGAUUAUUUUGAAAAUACAGUACAGGUAUAGAUGUGCACAUCCAUGCACCAGUCAGCAAACUCAUUCCUUCAGGAAAGAAAAGAAAAAAAAAGCUGCCAAAUAUGUAAGAGAAUUACAGAAAUGUGCCUCAAAUUUCACAGGACCAAAUCUGGACUCUUUUAAUGUGCAGCGCUACCGAAUUACCAUCAAAUGUACUUCACCUUCACGUGGGAGGAUCGUCACAUCUUUGUUUGGGACUCUGUUGCCUUUAUUGACUUUUUGUCAGGGUGACCAAAAAAAAAGGGGGGGGGAUGUGAUGGUCUGAUGGUUAUGGAAACAACAUGUAAAUGAUGUGCUGUCUGUUUUUACGUCACACUCGUGAGACGGAGGGUUAAACCAGGCCGACCCGACAAAAGUAAAAAAGAGAAAAGGCAGGAAGUUUAAAGAACUCAGUGGCCUUAAUCCAUCCAUCCAUUAUCCAAACCGCUUAUCCUAAUUAGGGUCGUGCGGGAUGCUGGAGCCUAUCCCAGCAGUCAUUGGGCGGCAGGCGGGGAGACACCCUGGACAGGCCGCCAGUCCAUCACAAGGCCGACAGAUUCACACCUAGGGACAAUUUAGCCUUAAUGUAUUUUUUUUAAAGAUUGCGCCCCAAUCAGUACAUUAAUGCGACUGUAGCUGACGUUAUUGUGUCGACGUUGAUUUUUUUUUUUUUUUCGGGCUGGCAAAGUGUAAUGUAGCGGAUAAUGACAUGAACUGCACAGUUGGAUAAUUCACAUUAUUGCCUGUUCCAGAUAAUUGACAAUCUUAAGUGUUAUCAUUUACUGAUGACUCACGACUAUUUGUUAUACCUCAGUUAGUUUGCUGCACGUCACCGCAGUCGUCCCGUCACAUUCAGCCGUCACUUCCAGCAAACACACUGAGAUAUAUCCUGGCAGGAAACCCUCCGGUCUGGUCUGUGUCAAGUCACAGACCGCAUGAUUUAAGCCUGGCGGUCUUGGUCGUGAUACUUAUCUCCCUCUCACAACACUUUACUGAAUUAUACGAUGACAAAUUACACUCCUGUGUCAUGAUCAGUAAUGUCAGGACCCCCCCCCCCCCCGUUUCCUUUCUGGCUGUUCCUUCAGAACUCAAAACCAAAUAAAUGCCUCUUUGUAAAAGCCAGGUUAGAUUCCCAGUUGUUUUUUUGUUGUUGUUUUUUUUAAAAUCACAUCACUGGCAAAUCCGCCGCUCGCGCCGUCACUUAACCGCCAUCGUCUCAGUAACUCUACAGGUCGUCUGAACCAUUGGUUAAAGGCAACGUCCUCCUCUGCUCUUACCUAUAAUACUAUGACAAUAACGACGUGGUGACACUAACAUACUGGUAUUUAUGAUCCCGAGUAUCUACUAACACUGAACACUAUCAAGUGCCAUAGGACUCUCUGAUUCACUGAUAGAGAAUAACCUAUUAUCAUACUCUAAUAUUUGUGCAAUGUUAAUGAGACUGAAAAGUGCAAGUCUAAUGAAUUGUUUUCCCAGUGCUGCAUGGUAGUGGCUGACAAUGACAUGAAAAUAUAUAAAUACAUAUAUGUAUCCCGUGUGCUCCUGCUUAAGUGUGUGAUGUUGGGAAGCAUAAUACUCUGGUUGUCUGGCAUUUGUUCCUGAUAUUGUUCUGGUAUGAUCAGCUAUUACUGCCUUGCUCUUGGGGAGACAGCAUUUGGCUCUGCCCCGAUCUGAACGGGACUGCAGAAGGAAACCUGACUGGACGGUGUGACGUUCCAGCACAGUUGAUCUGAUUGGUCAAAGCCUUUAGCGGACCACUCAUAUUAAGUCAAACCGGGUGCACACUGCAUGGAUAUCGAACGAGUGGGCAACCAAUUCUAAAGAAAAGAAAAACAAACGCCAAACAUAUCCAUCUCUGUCACCGGUUUUCUGGCGAACGCACCGAAGCCUGCUAGAAAUGCACUUGAAACGUUGCCAGAUGUCCCCACGCCACUCUGUUAAGUGCUAAAAUCAGAUGCUGUCACCUCAGGAAUUCAAUAUAAUCAAUGUGACUGGAAAUUUUUUUAUUUUUAUUUAUUUUAUUUUAUUUUUUUAUUUUUUUUGAUGCUGUCAGUGCUCUCAUUAUGGACCGUGUGGGUUUUGGGCUAUUUUUCUGGACUCUUCUUGAGGAUUGCUUCAUGUGUGUUGUAAAUGAAGAGUUCAGUUUACCUGCACUUCUUAGGCAGGAUGAUUGACAGGCCUGUCAGUCAAUCUUUUUUUUCAGCUGCCUGUGGUUUUAAAGCAGGCCAUUGGUGGAUGGAUAUAUAUAGAUAUAUCCAUGGAAACCCCCCUUUGCUAGAUGCCCCUCCUCGAUCGGGUCUCGGCGGGCCUUUCUGUCAAUCUCCCUCGAUUGUGCUUUAACAUGUUACACUUUCAUGGAACUCGAUUCUCCAGAAUCAGUCGUGUAAAUGAAAAUUUGUAUAAUACUGAUCUUGUUCUCAACAGGAAGGAGAAAAGAAAGAAAAAACUGAAAUGUUUAUAAUCCAAGGGAGGAAAAUGUGUUUAUUCAUGUGCAAGCAAGGUAUAUUCAGAAUAAACGUUUAUAUAAUUAC